CUCCUCUGGGCUUCAGGUGCAACUCUCCUCGCGUACUACGUCGCUUUAUAUUUCGGACGUGCGCUCCGACGCAAGCAUCUGUCGAAAUACACAUGCGCCUUGGAGCUCGACAUGCUGGGACAAAGGCUUCCUCGUGAGAAAAUCAAGGGAACGGCUGUCGUGUGCGGUGGAAGUGUCGGCGGUCUUUUAGCAGCUCGAGUGUGCCAUGACCACUUUGACGAAGUCAUCAUCGUUGAAUCGGAAGCGUGGAUGAAUUCUCCGGACGCAAUACGCGCUGAUGUAUGGAAUCAAGAAGGCAAACGCUCGCGAGUGAUGCAGUACGAAUCCCUGCACGUCGUCUUAGCGAUGGGGUACAAAAUCAUGACCAAGCUCUUCCUCGGCAUUGAAGAAAAGGCUCAUGCAUCUGGCGUCAAGAUCCUUCCUACCGAUAUCCAUAUUCACAUGUGGGGAAAUGUACCUCGGACUCCAUAUGCUGAAUACGGCGGCGUCCUUCCAAAGACCAUGCGUGCAGGUCGUGCUGGUAUUGAGACAUUCUUGCGCCGUUUAGUUCUCGGUGGGGACUAUAAGAACAUUCGUCAGAUCAUCGGUACAGUGACUGGUGUCUCUCGAAGCCCUCAGGAUGUUGGGUAUCUUGACGAAGUCGCGGUCCGUACUUCCGAAGGCACACAACAGAUCCGCGCAACUCUUGUCAUUGAUUGUACAGGUCCCGCAGCUAGCGGUCUGAAAUGGCUUCGACGGGAAGGAUAUGGAUUUGCGGACGAAUACGCAAGGAACCAGCUUUCUCUCGACCAACUGAAGGUUACUUACGACCAGAAACUUCAUUAUUCCACGCUCCAAUUCCGCGUACCACCUGAACUAGGUAGGAAGCUUCCUGGCCUCCCGGUUUCGUGGGACGAGUGUGGGUGGAUUUACUGCCUCUCGACGGACCCAGACCAGGAUUCCCGAAACAUAUACUCUCAGCGUAUAGAUGGAGAUAUUGUACAACUUUGUUUCAGCUCUCUGGGUGACAGCGACCUUCCGGUGACUCUUGAGGAAGGCAAAGCUUUUACUCGAAGUCUCGUCACUGAGAAGCCUAUUCCUGAGACUUUUUUUGCGAUGUUGGACAUGCUGGACGAAGUGAAGGACACCAUGACUUGCAGUCGAGUUCGUUUUCCUGGUUCCAGCCACAUCAGGUAUGAAAGGGCCGUCAACUUGCCAUCCAAUUGGGUCGCAUUGGGUGACAGCGUCAUGAGAGUAAACCCCGUCUAUGGACAGGGAUGCUCGAAGGCCUUCUAUGGUGCCCUUUGUCUCAAUGCGUUGCUAUUGAACUUGACGUCGAUACCGAAAGACUUCUCAAAGAAGUACUUCAGUAGCCACGCAGAGAAGAUCAAACCGCUUUGGACGUCACUCAAAUCGGGGGAUUACGCGUAUAAAACCACAGUACCGGUUCAGGGAGAGUCUUUAUCUCAAGGAUCAUUGGCCCGGUGGUACACCAAGAAGCUGACCAUUCUAUCUUUCACCGAUGAUCAAGCCGGCUCGGCGAUGUGGCAUAUCAGGAUGCUCCUCGCUCCACCUAUUGAUGUGUUUCAAUUUGGGCUUAUACUCAAAGUGUUUUUGAGCCUCGUCAAAGGCUGAAGGGUGUGAAUCCGGGUACAAAUAAAUGGAGGUCAUGUCACUUAUGCUGAUGAAACAUCGUCUUUAAGGAGUAUAGUAACUACGAGUCGUGGGUGUCCCUGGGGUAAAAACAUUAGUGUGUGGUUAAACAUGGUCCUGAACUAGAACCGCUAGUAGUGAUAUGUGUCUAGCCAAUGGGGAUAUUCUAUUGGUUUCGAC